AUGCAGACGCGACUCCUGGAGCUUCCGGAUCCGUCGCUGGACGACGCCGUGAAGGCAGCGCUGGCAAUGGAAGCUGCCGCCAAGGAUGCCGGCGAGAUUUCCCGUGCGACUGGCUCACCGUCGUACCAGGAAGCCAGCCUGCAUGUGAUUCAAGACGUCCCCAGCCUCCUGACCCAGUUCAAGUCCCUUUUUCAGCCAGGGGUGGGCACAUUUGCCGGCACGACGGCUGGCAUCUAUGUACCUGAGGGAGCCGGGCCACGCUUUUUCAAGCCUCGCCCACAGCGAGAGGGUACCCUGGUGCCCGUAAAGACAUCUGAAUGGGCUGCUCCCAUCGUACCAGUCCUCAAGCGAGAUGGCAGUGUCAGGAUCUGCGGGGAUUUCAAAAAGUUUACCGAGCUCGACCUCAGAGAUGCUUACCAGCAGCUGGUGUUCCAGGAUGCAUCCCGGAUGUUCGUCACUAUAUCGACGACUUUGGGACUCUUUCAGUACACGCCCUUACCGUUUCGCAUGGCGUCGGCCCCGGCCAUAUUUCAGAGGGAGAUAGACAACCUCUUCAGGGGCAUGAGGCACGUGGCGGUGUAUUUGGACGACAUCCUGGUUACUGGCAGUGACGACGGGGAUCACCUGCAGAACCUGCACAACGUCUUGGCAUGA